AUGAUGAUUGGUGGACGUGGUGCUGACAAAUGUCGGAAGCAGCGUCGCGGAGUUUCAGAGCUCGGGCUCCCUUCCGAGACCGGUAAGGCCACCGCAGGAAGGGAUGCCCGGGCGACAUACAGCUCACCUUUUCCUCGAAGAGUCGACGCCGGAAACCAACUUGCAGCCGACCCUCGAUUGGGAACUCUCGCAGGUCGAGAUGAUACCAUCAUUUUGGCCCUGCCGCGUGGAGGGGUGCCUGUGGCUUUCCAGAUCGCACAACGCUUGAACCUCCCGCUGGAUCUGAUGCUGGUGCGAAAAAUCGGCCUUCCGUUCCACGAGGAGACGGCGAUGGGGGCCAUCGCUAUGGGCGACGUGACAUACCUCAACCCAGCGAUGAUCGCAGCUAUGCGCGUGACGGAUGCACAAGUGCAGGCUGUCCUGAAGAAGGAGACGGCAGAGCUCCAUCGACGGAACAUGCACUAUCGGCAAGGCAAACCCUAUCCCGACUUGAAAGAUAAGAACGUCAUUAUCGUUGACGGACCGGGAUCAUCCACACUAGACGGCAUCGCAACAGGAUCCACCCUUCGCGCCGCCAUCCUGUCCGUUCGCGAACACGGACCAACACGUGUGGUCGCUGCUGCACCCGUCGGGCCACCCGACUCGGUAGCUGAGUUGGCGAAAAUCGCGGACGAGGUCGUGUGUCUGCAGGUGAAGGAGCCUUUUAAUGCCGUGGGGAUGUGGUAUCAACUUUUCCCCCAAACAGAAGACGAGGAAGUCCUAGAGCUCCUGCACAGGGCAGAAAGCUUUGGGCGAAAGAAAGAGGAAUGA